GGAAGAAUGUGGACUAAAGUGUGUACAUUCUUAAUAAUUAUAUUUUGUGUGAUAGUACAGUAUAAUGUGACAUAUGCCAAAAGGAUACUGGUUAUAUCAAAUAUACCGUCAUACAGUCAUCAAAUAUCUUAUCGUGGUCUAUGGUUAGAAUUGCAUAGACAAGGUCACGAGAUUGUGUCAGUCACUACAAACCCAAUAAAAAAUUCUUCUUUAACUAAUUACACAGAAAUCGACAUAAACUACUUUUAUAAAGGCUUUCCUGAAUACAAAUCGCUACCAUAUUCUACUCUUACCGCGGCGUAUCUUAAUUUACCGUUUCUAGAAGCAGAACGAAGGAUUAUAUGGUUUGUGGGACAUGUCCUCAAUCAGGAGGUUUUUAAACAUCCAGAAAUGAGAAAGUUAUACGCAGCUGACAGCAAUGAACACUUUGAUGCGGUUAUUGUAGCGCAGGGUCCUACAAUUUCGCUGAAUGCUUUCGCGUACAGAUUUAACACUCCUCUUAUAGGUAUUUCAAGUUUGGAUGUAUUCAAUCAUUUGCGCUAUACGUUUGGAUCCCUGAUUCUCCCAUCGCAUAUUUCAAAUUGGCAAAUCAACAAGUCAAAUGAAAAAAAUAUGUCAUUUUGGAGGAGACUUGUCAACUUUUAUGAAGUGUGGAAGCAGAUGUAUUCCUGGAUGAACGAACAUGUUGCUAUAGAGGACGCGAUCGCGAAGAAGUACUUAGGGGAAGAUCUACCACAUAUCAACGACAUAACGAGAAACAUGAGUAUAUACCUCGUAAACAAACAUCCAGCGUUUGUACAUGGCAAACCCGAACAACCGAAUAUCAUAUAUUACUAUGGUUCUCAUAUUACAAAAGUACCGGACACUUUGCCAAAAAAUGUAAAACAGUUUCUUGACGAUGCGAAGGAAGGAUUUAUUUACGUCAGUCUUGGAAGCAAUGUUAAAUGGGAGAAGCUACCAAACAAUACGCUUGAAGCCUUCGUUGACGGAUUCUCCACUUUACCGUACAAAAUUGUUUGGAAAUUGAAUCCCGAUCUAUUACCUGAGAAAUAUAAAAAUAUACUGGCGUUGCAAUGGUUUCCCCAGCAAAGUAUUCUCGCUCAUCCAAAUAUCAAGUUAUUUAUUUAUCAAGGUGGUCAUCAGAGUACUGAAGAAGCUCUUUAUUACGGAAUUCCACUCAUAGGAUUUCCCAUUAUAUGGGAUCAAACGUAUCAAGUGCGAAAUAUAGUAAGACUAGGUAUUGGAGUUCAUCUUCAGAUUGAUACUCUCUCGAAAGAAACCGUUAAAGCCACUAUACAUGAAGUUAUAAGCAACACGAGUUAUAAGGAUCAGAUGCAACGUUGGAGAAAAAUUUUUAAGGAUGCACCGUAUGAUAGUCUUCAAAAUGCAGUACGAUGGAUUGAGUAUGUGUUACGUCAAAAUGGAACGCCUUUCUUACGAAAUAAUCUUUGCGAUGAUCCAUGGUAUCAAAGAUACGACUGGGACAUCAUCGGAUUUCUCGCCAUAGUAUUAUUUAUUGUAUUUCUUAUUUCUAUAUGGGUACUACUUUUGAUUUUGCGGUUUCACUUACGAAUAAUAUCGCAUUCUCUAUGCAUUGCUUUGUCAAAACAGCAUUGCCUUGUCUCAAAAAAUGUCUGCUUCAAAAUGCAUUCGCGGAUUAGUUGCAAAAUGUUGAAGAUUACUUGUAAAAUGUUUAUUGUUUUAUCUUUGUGGUUUUUAUUGGCAAACAAAAUAACAAAUGCCGGAAGAAUACUCGUGAUUAUACCUACACCUCUUUAUAGUCACCAAAUAGUUUUCCAGUCAUUGUGUUUAGCCUUAAACAGACGCGGGCACGAACUGAUCGUAACAACUCCACAAUUAAUAAAAGAUUCGACAUUAAACACAAAUUAUACAGAAAUAAAAUUGCCGGGUUUCCAUUCCUUGGUCAAACAAUAUAAAGAACAAAUACCACAAUUAUUACUAAUCGACUUAUUCAAGCGCGGAUGGAUGUUAACACAUCAAUUCAGCACACAAAUAUUUGAUAACCCAAAAUUUAAAAAACUUUAUCAUAGCAAUAGUAAUGAGAAGUUCGACGCGGUUAUUCUAGAGUUAUUAGGUUAUCCGUCAUUAUCUAUUAUGUCGUAUAGAUUUAAUGCGCCUCUUAUAGGAAUUAUAUCCGUGGGCAUACACAAUUAUCAUCGAUAUGUUUUUGGCAGUCCUAUAUACCCAUCGCAUUUGUCAAACUGGGAAAUAAAUACGCUAACUGAGGAAAAUCCGUCGAUUUGGCAAAGACUGUGGAACUUUAUCGAAACGUGGCGUUUGGUCCAUUAUUGGAUUAAUGAUUUUGUACCGUUAGAACAGGAACUCGUUAAAAAAUAUCUUGGAAAUGACGUACCACAUAUCGUCGAUAUAAUGAAGAAUAUGAGUUUGCUGUUAGUCAACGAGAAUCGGGUACUCACAUAUCCUAGACCCGAGCAGUCAAAUGCAGUAUUUUUUAAUGGUAUCCACAUACAGAAGACACCACCGUCUUUACCAAAAGACUUAGGACAAUUCCUAGAUAACGCAAUGGAAGGAUUUAUUUACGUGAGUCUUGGAACUUCUACCACCUGCCACACUUUACCGAAAGAAACGCUGAGGAACUUCAUUGAAGUGUUUUCGAAGUUACCUUAUAAAAUAGUUUGGAAAUUCGAUUGCGAUGAGUUACCGGGAAAGCUCGAUAAUGCAUUUAUCUCAAAAUGGUUUUUACAGCAAAGCGUACUCGCUCAUCCGAACAUCAAGCUGUUUAUUUAUCAAGGAGGAGCCCAAAGUACCGACGAAGCUGUCCAUUAUGCAGUUCCAAUUUUAGGAAUUCCGAUUAUGUUCGAACAAGAAAAUCGAGUUCGGCGAUUGGUCUCAUUGGGCGGCGCAAUAAGUAUUAAAUUAAACGAAUUAACCCAAAAACGUCUUAAUAACGCUAUUCAUCAAAUCCUCAAUGAUAAAAGUUACAAAGAAAAAAUGAUUCGUUUAAGUUCUCUCACCAAGGAUCAACCAUAUAACAGCAUUGAGAAUGUAAUAUGGUGGAUAGAAUUUGUGAUGCGUCACAAAGAAGCAAAUCAUCUUCGAUUUAGUGACAGCGAUAAACCAUGGUAUCAACGUUACGAUAUGGAUAUUAUUGCGUUGUUGGCCAUAGCAUUAUUUAUAAUGAAAUGUGUAAUAGCGUUGACUAUCAUCCAGAUUAUACGUUUCAUCUUAAACAAUACUGUACUUUCCCGUUACUAA